AUGACGUCGUCCACUCCGUCCGCGCUGCGCCCGUCGCCGUCCACUGCGUCCGAUUUGCACGUCACGGCAUCCGACAUCAGUCUCUUCAGUCGCUCCGACGGAGAAGGCGACGCGGCGCCACUUGGAGACGAGCAACUGGCCGCGCGGACGCUUGCGAGCGAACAAAACGAGGCUGCGGACCAAGACGCGACGCUGGGGCAGGAGCUCCUGGCGGCGCUGCAGCUGGGCACGAGCAACUUUCUACUGGCGUACAACACGCGCGCGGGUAUUGCGACGCUGCUGCGUCUGUUUAAGUUGCUGCAACGGCGCGAGUGGAAGGCGGCGCUGGAUCUGCGCCAGUUGCUGGACGAGAGCCAGGUCCGGUUUCGAGUGGACGCGGUGCAGCUCGGACUGUUUCUGGGCUGGUUCACAGGUGGCUACAGAGCUGUUCGGACGCUGCUGGUCGUGGGUUUGCGACGUUAUUUGAGCCAGACACAGCGUCAAGGGGAUACGAUGGUGAACGAGAUGGCUGCACUUGGAUCUGGUGCUAUUGCAGCUCUGGCGCUGGGGUUUGUGGACGCGAAACGACGCCGAUCGAUGGCGCUGUAUGCCUUGACAAGAGCUCUGCAGUGUGGCUACAAUUCGGCCAAGAGACUGCAGCGCUGGCACUUUUGGGGAAGUGACUGGCCGUACGGUGACGCACUGCUCUUUGCGCUCUCGAGCGCACAGGUUAUGUACGCUUACGUGAUGAGACCGAAGACACUGCCGUCGGCUUACUUUUGGUUCAUUCAACGGACUGGGCCAGUGGAGAUGGAGACGCUGGAGCUUGUACAGCAGGUGAAUCGACGAGUUCCAGUCAACACCGCUACGCUCCAGCAGUUUUUGGAUCGAAAACCAAACAUUUCCAGAGACUUUCCGGUGCCGAUGCAGAUUGUUCCAUGCAGAUUUGUGCAUUCGGAAGCCAACUCGUGUGUCUUGGGUGCGAUGCUGUGCUUCAAACGCGUCCUCCAGAAGACAUUCCCGCUUUACCUGUCACUCUUCAUCGUGCCCGGUGUCGUCAUACACUUUAAACGCUUUCUUCGUGCUCCAUUUCGAACGCUUGCCCACUCGACGCUGAAUGCCACACGAUCCAAUUGUUUCCUGGCGUCCUUUGUGACGCUUUAUCUGUCCCUGGUGUGCGUGCAUCGUCGCGUGUUCAGUACGGAUCACCGCUUCGUCUACUAUUUGGCCGGGCUGUUGGCUUCAACGACAAUUCUUCUGGAACCAAAAAGUCGGCGUUCGGAGCUGGCAUUGUAUGUUCUGCCACGCGCUCUUGACAGCUUGGCGAUGAUCUUGCGCGACCGCAGAAUCUGCACAGGCUUUAAGUACGGUGAAGUGGCUCUCUUUUCGGUCUCGAUGUCGGUGAUAAUGUACUGCUACGAGCACGAGAAAGAGUCGUUAAGCCCUUUCUUGUACAAUACCAUGAACCGUUUCAUGCAGACAUCGACUGACAAGAAGCGAUUGUAUGUGGCAUCUCUCGAGAAGAAAGAGAGACGCCAAUCGCUGUCGUUAGCACGGAAUGACACGGCUUCUAACUCCGCCUAA